GCCGCCGCCGCCGGGGCUGGAUGGGGGGCCGAGGCCAGCCAGUGGCACCCGGAAGAAGGAGACGCGGCGGCGGCGACGCCGACACCCGCGGGACGCGAGUCCCGACCAGCCCGCGAGCUCGAGGAGGCGGCGGCGAGGCCCGGCCCCCGCGGCCGCUGGAGUAGGGAGCCGCCGCGGGCUGUGCCCCCUCAGGUCCGGUCUGCACGCUCGGGGCCCCGCGCUGCGCCAUGUUCAAGAAACUGAAGCAGAAGAUCAGCGAGGAGCAGCAGCAGCUCCAGCAGGCGCUGGCCCCUGCUCAGGCUCCCUCCAGUUCUGCAACACCAGCAAGAACCAGGAACAGGACCUCUUCGUUUACAGAGCAGCUUGAUGAAGGUACACCCAAUAGAGAGCUGCUAGCCGGGAUGAUAGCAGAGCCUGCUUUUCUCUCUGAAUACACUAUCUUUGCUUUGGAUUCCCCCAGGCAGCCUAAAACACAGAGUGACAGUGUGAAUGCAUCUGCCUAUGCCGUGAAAUCUCCUGACAAUGUUAAUGGAAGUGAACCAACCAUUCAUCAGCCAGGCGACACACAGUCUUUUGCACAGAAGCUCCAGCUCCGGGUGCCUUCCAUGGAGUCUUUGUUUCGAAGUCCCAUAAAGGAGUCUCUAUUCCGAUCUUCUUCCAAGGAGUCUUUGGUACGCACGUCUUCCAGGGAGUCCCUGAAUCGACUUGACUUGGACUGUUCCACUGCCACCUUUGAUCCGCCCUCUGACAUGGAGAGUGAGGCCGAAGACUCACUGGGGAGUUCAGACUGUCUCAACAAAGAACAGUUGAUUCAGCGCUUGCGAAGAAUGGAGCGAAGCUUGAGUAGCUACAGAGGAAAGUAUUCCGAGCUUGUUACAGCUUAUCAGACUCUUCAGAGAGAGAAGAAAAAGCUACAAGGUAUAUUAAGUCAGAGUCAAGAUAAAGCACUUCGGAGAAUUGGAGAAUUAAGAGAGGAGCUCCAAAUGGACCAGCAGGCCAAGAAACAUCUGCAGGAGGAGUUUGACGCUUCGUUAGAGGAGAAAGAUCAGUAUAUCAGUGUUCUCCAGACUCAGGUUUCUCUACUGAAACAGCGAUUGAGAAAUGGCCCAGGGAAUGUGGAUGCCCCAAACCCAGUCUGUCAGAUCGAAGCUCAGGUUGAAAGUGUCACUAAAGAAGAGAAUGUGGAGAGUCAUGUGGAACCAGCAAUGGGAGAUGGCGCCUCUGCCAAGACGCUAGAGGCUCUCCAGCAAAGAGUCAAGCGCCAGGAGAAUCUGCUUCAGCGCUGCAAGGAGACCCUUCAGUCACAUAAGGAGCAGUGUGCGCUGCUCACCAGUGAGAAGGAAGCUCUGCAGGAACAGCUGGAUGAGAGGCUGCAGGAGCUGGAGAAGAUGAAGGAGCUUCAUAUGGCUGAGAAGACUAAACUUAUCACUCAGUUGCGUGAUGCAAAGAACUUAAUUGAACAGCUUGAACAAGAUAAGGGCAUGGUAAUCGCAGAGACAAAGCGUCAGAUGCAUGAGACCCUGGAGAUGAAGGAAGAAGAAAUUGCUCAACUUCGUAGUCGCAUCAAGCAGAUGACGACCCAGGGGGAGGAGCUGCGGGAACAGAAAGAAAAGUCCGAGAGAGCUGCUUUUGAGGAACUUGAAAAAGCCUUGAGCACAGCCCAAAAAACAGAAGAAGCACGGAGACAAAUGAAGGCAGAAAUGGACGAGCAGAUCAAAGCUAUCGAGAAAACAAGUGAGGAGGAACGCAUCAGUCUUCAGCAGGAAUUGAGUCGAGUGAAACAGGAGGUUGUUGACAUAAUGAAAAAGUCCUCAGAAGAACGAAUUGCUGAACUACAGACGCUCCAUGAGAAGGAGCUGGCCAGUAAGGAGGAGGAACUGACCAAGAAGCUUGAGUCCCGAGAAAGGGAAUUUCAGGAGCAAAUGAAGGUGGCUCUUGAAAAGAGUCAUUUAGAAUAUUUGAGAAUUACCCAAGAGAAAGAACAGCAAGAAUCUUUGGCCCUGGAAGAGUUAGAGUUGCAGAAAAAAGCAAUCCUCACAGAGAGUGAAAAUAAGCUUCGGGACCUGCAGCAGGAAGCGGAGACUUACCGAACUAGGAUUCUUGAAUUGGAAAGUGCUUUGGAAAAAAGCUUACAAGAAAGCAAAAGUCAGUCAGAAGAUUUGGCUGUUAAUUUAGAAGCUGAAAAAAAUAAGCACAAUAAAGAACUUACAGUCAUGGUUGAAAACCACAAGACGGAGUUAGAAAGCCUGCAGCGUCGGCAGGAGAAGCUGUGGACUGAAAGACUCCAUGCAUUGCAGCAGGAGCAUCAGGCUGCGAUGGAGAAGCUCCGAGGAGAGUGUGAGCAGGAGAAAGCAGCCUUGCUGAAGGAGAAGGAGGCUCUCUUCCAGGCUCACAUCGAGGAGAUGAAUGAGAAGACCCUGGAGAAGCUUGAUGUGAAGCAGACGGAACUGGAGUCCUUGUCUUCUGAGCUCUCAGAAGUGUUGAAAGCCCGUCACAAGCUGGAAGAGGAGCUCUCUGUUCUCAAGGACCACGCCGAUAGAAUGAAGCAGGAAUUAGAAGCCAAGCUCAAUGAACAGAGAGAUCACCACCAGCAGCAAGUUGACAGUAUCAUUAAAGAACAGGAGGUAUCAAUGCAGAGAACGGAAAAGGCAUUAAAAGAUCAGAUCAAUCAACUCGGGCUUCUCUUGGAGGAAAAGGACAAGCAUUUGAAGGAACAUCAGGCGCGUGUAGAAGACCUAGAGGCAGAUAUCAAAAGGUCUGAAGAGGAGGUACAGCAGGCAUCUGCCAAGCACCAGAGCGCCACCCGGGAGCAGGCCACGGCACAUGAAGAGCAGGUGGCUCAGCUGCAGCAGAAGUUGUUGGAUUUGGAAACUGAAAAAAAUCUUCUUACCAAACAGGUAGCUGAAGUUGAAACACAAAAGAAAGAUAUUUGUACUGAGUUAGGUACUCACCAAAUCCAGGUGCAGGACUUAAUGCAGCAACUUAAAAAACAGAAUAGUGAAAUGGAGCAGAAAGUUAACUCUUUAACCCAGCACUAUGAGCGCCAGCUUAAAGACAGUAACAUAGAGCAGGAACAGACAAAGCAAACCUUGAUGGAAAAGGAAAAUACAAUUUUACAAAUGAGAGAAGGACAGAGCAAAGAAAUUGAGGUACUCAAACAGAAAUUGUCAGCCAAGGAGGACAGUAUCAGUCUUCUGCAAGAGGAAUAUGAAACUAAAUUUAAAAAUCAAGAAAAAAAGAUGGAAAAAAUUAAGCAGAAGGCCAAAGAGAUGCAGGAAACUCUGAAGAAGAAACUGUUAGAUCAGGAAGCCAAACUUAAAAAGGAGCUUGAGAACACAGCUCUGGAGCUUAGUCAGAAAGAAAAGCAGUUCAAUGCCAAAAUGCUGGAAAUGGCGCAGGCCAACUCAGCUGGAAUCAGCGAUGCAGUGUCAAGACUGGAAGCAAACCAAAAGGAGCAAAUAGAAAGCCUCACUGAGGUGCAUCGGCAAGAACUCGAUGACGUCAUAUCAGUCUGGGAGCAGAAACUUCAUCAGCAGGCCGAGGAACUUCAGGAGAAACAUGAGAGUCAGCUACAGGGCAAAGAGCAAGAAGUGGAGGAGCUGAAACAAAAGAUGCUCCUAGUUGGAUGUGAAAAAGAAGAGAUGAGCAGGGAGCUAGCGUGGCUGAAGGAAGAGGGUGUGAAGCAGGAGACCGCGUUGCGUGAGUUACAGGAACAGUUGAAGGAGAAGUCUGUUCACGUUGGUUCUCUCACGCGUCAGGCAGCACAGCUUGAAACGCUGGAGGCCGACUGGAAGCAUUCGCAGAAGGAAAAUGCCUUUCUCCAAGAGCAGCUGGUUGAACUGAGGACGCUAGCAGAGAAAGAUAAGCUCAAGAUUUCGGAGCUGACCGACAGCUUGGAAGCCGCAGCUGCAGAAUUCCGGAGCCUGCAGUCUUCCCAUGAAAGAAGUAAGAAAAGCCUAGAAGACAAAACCCUGGAAUUCAGAAAGCUGUCCGAGGAAGUAGCAGUUCAGCUAGGUGGUUACUGUCGGGAAGUGGAAGCCUUAUUAGAAACGAAAACAAAUGAGCUGGUCCACAUCAGCAGUAGUAAAACCAACGCCAUCCUCUCUAGGAUUUCCCAAUGUCAGCACCACACAACUAAAGCUAAGGAGGCACUGUCAAUGAAAACUCGCCAAGUUUCUCAGUUGGAAGCGCAACUUAGGCAGCUAACAGAUGAGCGGAAUACGCUGAGUAGUUCUUUUCAGCAAGCUACUCAUCAGUUAGAAGAAAAAGAAAAUCAGAUUAAGAGCAUGGAGGCUGACAUUGAAGGUCUCGUGGCAGAGAAGGAGGCCUUGCAGAAGGAAGGGGGCAGUCAGCAGCAGGCCGCCUCAGAAAAGGAGUCUUGCAUCACGCAGCUGAGGAAGGAGCUGUCUGAGAACAUCAACGCUGUGACCCUGAUGAAGGAGGAGCUGAAAGAGAAGAAGGCCGAGGUCGGCAGUCUGAGCAAACAGCUGGCUGACGCGAACGCUCGCCUGAGUGCCAGUCUGACUGAAAACGAGGCGGCCCUGUCGUCCCUGCGUCAGCAGCACGAGGAGCAGCAGCGCGAACUGCUGCAGCAGGUGCAGGACUUGUCUCUGACAGUCAGUGCCUUGGGGAGAGAGAAGGCUUCUGCUCUGGAGCAGGCAGACCGCUCGGCCGGCAGGCUCUCAGAGUGCGAGAAGGAAGCACAGUCGAGGUACGCGCAGUAUCAGGAAACUAUUGAAGAGCUGCAGGGGCAGCUUGAGUCGAAAGCAAAGGAAGCUGGUGAAAAGGAUGAGCAGAUACAGGCACUGAAGGAGGACCUGGGCCAGCAGACUGAGAGGUUGGAGUGUUUAAAGGGUGAGGUGGAAGAGAAGACCAAGAUGGAGAAGAGGGAGUGUGACUUAGAGACCGAGCUGAAGAAUCAGACAGCAAGAAUUGUGGAAUUACAGGACCUGGUUACUCAGAAAACAGUGGAGAUUGAGUCCUUAAAUGAAAUUCUUAAAAAUCAUAAUCAACAAAAGGAUAUCGAGCAGAAAGAAUUGGUCCAGAAACUUCAGCACUUUAAGGAGAUGGGAGAAGAAAAGGACAAUAGGGUUAAAGAAGCGGAAGAACAAAUACUAAAUUUUGAAAAGCAGGUGUCUUUCAUGGAAGCUGAACUUGAGACUAAGAAGAAAGAAUUGGAACAGGCGAAUUCAAGUGUGAAAAGCAACGAGGAGGCGCUAAAGGCCUUGGGAGAUAGGCUGGAGCUGGAAAGUGCUGCGAAAUUAGCAGAACUGAAGAAGAAAGCUGAACAGAAAAUCGCUGCCAUCAAGAAGCAGUUGUUAUCUCAAAUGGAAGAGAAAGAACAGCAAUAUAAAAAAGACACAGAAAGCCAUUUGUGUGAGCUGAAUACAAAAUUGCAGGAAAGAGAGAGGGAAGUUCACUUCUUGGAAGAAAAACUUAAGUCAGUGGAAAGUUCACCGCACUCAGAAGCAUCAGUUUUACCCAUAUCAGCAAACAGUGUGGCAGCAUGCACUGCGCGUGGAGCAGAUUCCCAAGGCUGCGUGCAGAAGGCAUGUGAGGAGAAAAUCAGUGCUUUACAGAGAGAUUUAGCUGACAAAGAAAAGCUGUUGCAGAGGCUCGAGCGGGAAAAAGAAGAGACACUUUCCUCUCUUUCUGAAAUGCAGGGCAAAUACCAGGAGCUCCUGGUAAAGGUAGAGCAAGCUGCAGCAGAGAGACAGGAGGCUCAGGUGCAGGCGAAUCAUCUUCAGGAAGAACUCGAGGGACAAAGCAAGAAAUCCUCCUUGAUAAUGUCCCCGCAUGUGGGAGAAGAGGGAGAUAAAAAUGACACGGGGGCAGAGCAGACCUGGGACAGUGUGGCUGGCGAUGUCCAGAAAGCCCUCCAGGAGAAGGAGCGAACCUGUCAGAUCUUGGAGCAAAAGGUAAAAGAACUGGACUCCUGCUUAGGAAGAGAGAAGGAAGUUCAUAGGGCUGAAUUGGAAGAGUUGACCUCAAAAUAUGAAAAAUUACAGGCUUCGCAACAGCAGAUGGAGGGAAAAAAUAAACCCACAGGAGCCUUGGAUGAAAGUGCUGAGCAGAAGUCCAAACCACACGUGGUCCAACCCAGAUCGCCUAGUGACGUGGAAGCCCAGCGCAGUGAGCUGGAGCUGAAGUUAGCCGGGGCAGAGCGCGAGAAGCAGAAGCUGAGCAAGGAGGUCGUGAGGCUGCAGAAAGACCUCCGGACACUGAGGAGAGAGCAUCAGCAAGAACUGGACAUCCUGAAGAAGGAGUGCGAACAGGAAAUGGAGGAGAGAAUCAAACAGGAGCAGGAGGAUCUUGAGUUGAAGCACAAUUCCACACUGAAACAGCUGAUGAGGGAGUUUAACACCCAGCUGGCACAGAAGGAGCAGGAGCUGGAAGUGACCGUAAAAGAAACCAUCAAUAAGGCCCAGGAGGUAGAAGCUGAACUUUUGGAAAGCCAUCAAGAAGAGACAAAUCAGUUACAUAAAAAAAUUGCUGAGAAAGAUGACGACCUGAAAAGAACAGCCAAAAGAUAUGAAGAAAUCCUUGAUGCUCGUGAAGAAGAGAUGACUGCCAAAGUAAUGGACUUGCAGAUUCAACUUGAGGAGCUGCAGAAAAAGUAUCAGCAGAAGCUGCAGCAGGAGAGCGCUAGCAGUGAUACCGUGACAAUUAUGGAGCUACAGACACAGCUAGCACAGAAGACUACUCUGAUCAGUGAUUCAAAGCUGAAAGAACAGGAGUUCAGAGAACAGAUUCACAAUUUAGAAGACCGUUUAAAAAAGUAUGAAAAGAACAUAUAUGCCACAGCCGUGGGGACACCUCACAAAGGUGGCAAUUUAUACCAUACUGACGUAUCGCUCUUCGGAGAACCUACCGAGUUUGAGUAUUUGCGAAAAGUACUUUUUGAGUAUAUGAUGGGUCGUGAGACUAAGACCAUGGCAAAGGUUAUAACCACUGUACUCAAGUUCCCUGAUGAUCAGACUCAGAAAAUUUUGGAAAGAGAAGAUGCUCGGCUAAUGUCUACUUCGCCGCGCAGUGGCCUCUUCUGAGUAAAACGUCAGUCUGUGCGUAGUUAGCCUGUGUCCUGGCUCCGGCCUUCAUCCUGAAGAAUGGGCGAGCGCUGCGUGCGAGGCCGUUCGUCUGCUGUUCCUGGGAGUGAAGCUGUCGUUCAGGGCCCUGGUGCAGCGGGCCGACCGAGGGAGAUCGGACACUGGCCGCAGACUGACGACAGAUUGCUUGAAGAUAGAUGUUACCAGUGGAGACGCGGUGAUAGCUUUUUCUUUUCAGUUUUCUGCUGGGAAGAGUUUUUUGUUGUUAAAAAGAUAUUUUGAAUAACUCAACCUGACUUAUGGGCUCACUUAAUGUUUCUUUCUUCCAUUCUUUUUGUCCCUCUUUUUGAACUGCUUGCCUUUCUUAUUUAUUUUUAGGGUGAUUUUUUUCUCCCAAAGACUUGUGCAAUACAUUUUGAGGUGAAAACUUAGUGGAUUUUUUUCUGAUGAAUCAGAGCAUUUAAUUGACUAUUUUACCCAGAUUAAUUUUUUGAAUAUUUGCUAAAGACUAGUUCUUUAAGCUAUGCCAUAUGAUAAAUCCCAGAUGGCAGUACCUCAUUGUUUACUUAGCUUUUGUACUUACAUUUUUCGGAGGAAAAUACUACUGUCAAUUGUACAUAGUCAGCACCUAACUAUUGUAUGCAAAUCUGUGACUUGGCAAAGUCAUCUCAGAGGAAGAGAUAAAUAAAGUUUAUUUACUAUAUAACAUGUUCUUGUGCUUCUUCCUAAAUUGGAAUUUAUCUUAAAAUUUUUAAGGAUUCCGAGGGGCCGGCUGUGUGGUGCAGUGGGUUAACGCCCUGGCCUGAAGCACUGGCAUCCCAUAUGGGCGCCAGUUCGAGACCUGGCUACUCCACUUCCUGUCCAGGUCUCUGCUUUGGCCUGGGAAAGCAGUAGAAGAUGGCCCAAGUCCUUGGGCCCCUGCACCCACAUGGGAGACCUGGAAGAAGCUCCUGGCUCCUGGCUUCGGAUUGGCGCAGCUCUGGCCAUUGCGGCUAUCUGGGGAGUGAACCAGCGGAUGGAAGACCUACCUCUCCCUCUCUCUCUCUCUCUCUCUCUCUCUCUCUCUCUCUCUCUCUCUCUCUGCCUCUCCUCUCUCUGUGUAACUCUGACUUUCAAAUAAAUAAAU